ACUGUAGAUGGGUUCUUUUGCUAAAGGUUGCCUCGUUUUGCCGACACAACACAGAUAACAACAUGACUGAGGAAAAGCGAAAUCAAACAGAACAGUGUUCUGCAAUCAACUGUGAGAAUUACCAGUGUGACAGUAAACACUUGGCCUUUCACCGUUUUCCCAAAGACCCUCACAGGUGUGCCAGUUGGGUGGAGAAUCUCGGAAAUGCAUCACUGAUGAAGAUCAGCUGUAAGGAGCUCCGCAAGAGCUACAAUGUGUGCAGUGCACACUUUCUCCCUAGCCAGUUCAAGAGGCCAUCUGAUGUCCAUGCAGGAUUGAAACGGGAUGCAGUGCCCACAAGGGCAAAUGCCCCUAAACGAUCAUCCCCACUCGACACGGAGUUACAGAGAAAGCGGCCUAAGCAACGUCAGGAGAUGGCAACAAAGAAACGCAAACAGAGCCAUGUGGUUCACCCAUCAAACGCAGGUGCAUCCACUGCAGCAAGUGUUAAACAAUCCACUGAUUCAUCAGAGACAAAUGGCUCUGUACCCACUGUAAUAGCUGUGGUGGCAAAACGUUUAGUGACAGCAAAGAUAUCACUGGUGUCAACGCCAUCACAGACACAUGUCACUGUACCUGAUGAUGCUGUUGCAAGCCCUACAGAGGAACCACAGACAUCACUGUUGCCACCAACGGUAUCACAGACAGUCACUGUAUCUGAUGAUGCAGUUGCAAGGCCUACAGAGGAACCACAGACAUCACUGUUGCCACCAACGGUAUCACAGACAGUCACUGUACCUGAUGAUGCUGUUGCAAGCCCUACGGAGGAACCACAGACAUCACUGUUGCCACCAACGGUAUCACAGACAGUCACUGUAUCUAAUGAUGCUGUUGCAAGGCCUACAGAGGAACCACAGACAUCACUGUUGCCACCAAGGGUAUCACAGACAGUCACUGUAUCUAAUGAUGCUGUUGCAAGCCCUACGGAGGAACCACAGACAUCACUUUUGCCGCCAAAGCCAUCACAGACACAUGUCAUUGUAUCUUGUAAUCCUUUUACAAGACCUACAGAGGAACCACAGUCAUUUCUUUUGCCACCAAGGCCAUUGUCACCCAAACCUAAACUUACUUACAGGGAGCGUCGCAUGAUUGAGAGGAUUCAGAAGCUGAAGUCAAAGGUGUCCAGGCUGAAGGCAGAAGUUAAGGAGCUGAAAAAAAACAGCAAAGUUACUACUAGGGAAUCAAUGAUGGAGCAGCUGAAGGCGAUCUUACCAGCGCCAACCUAUGCUUUCGUCAGCACACAGAUCCGCGAAGCACGGCAGAAGCCGAGUCAAUUCCGGUGGACUGCUCAGGACAAAGCAUUCUUUGGGACUCUGCUACAAACCAGUCCAAGGUCUUACCAGCUACUGUCUCAAGUGAUUAGUGUGCCAGCCAAGGGGAAUCUACAGAAGUAUCUGAAUUCCCCCGAUUUCAAAGCUAACUCCGUUAUUUAUGCCAAACCGAGGCAUUUGAGGAUCUUUAAGCCUAUAGAUGAGGUCACUGAUGUUACGAUGGAGUCUGUUGAUGACCAUGCAGAGGGUUCUUUCACUACACUGGAGGAACUGGAGGAAAUGGAGUGCCCUUUUGAAGUGGAGGAACUAGAGGGCCCUUUUCCGCCGGAGAAACUGUUGAUGACCCCGCUGAGGGCGUCACACUGACAUAGGCCCUUUUCCACUGGGGCAACUGUUUCAAGUCCCCCUUCAUCUGUGUCUUCACGUGUCAGGAACUGGGGACAGUCCUAGUUUUCUGAACGCCAGGGGCUUUUUAGCUCCAAUUUCAGAGUAGAUACUCACAGAGACCAAGAGUGGCUUGUGCUGAGUGAGAUGACGCCACUGGUUUCAGCAAUGUCUGCCUGCUUGCCCUUGACCACGAUGGAAGUAUUGGCUACCAUGGCAGGGUAUAUGGUUAUGGCUAAGGGCAAAUUCACAGUAUAGACUAGGGAUGCUCUGGCUCACUUUGGAGUCCUGAGAAACUCUAUAGUCCCCAUACACGAAGCCAGAACAGGACUCAACACAGACCCUGAGCUCCUCCUGUGCGAUGAAGCCCCAUCUUGUUAUCUUGAGAUGUUCACUAGCUGUGUGCUAUGCACGUGCUAAUCACGCUGCACUUGAAGGAGUGCUCUUAGCAAGAUCUCCUGCUCUGGAUCAACUCUGGACACCAUCACAGCAGACUGAUGCACAAGCACAAAAUACUUGCAAUGAUAAAUGUAAACCAUUAUUAUCAUGUCUGUAUUAUAGGCCUGUGCUCUGUAUGACUAAUCAAAUAAUAAUAAUAAAAGUUAACUGCAA